AUGGCUGACACUGAAACCCUACCGGUCGGUAAGCGGAAAGCGGACCAGCCAGGCGGCAUGACUGCUGAGAAUGGCGCUGCUGACGGCGACGAUGCAGAUCGUGCGGGGAAGCGGAGGCGGUGGGAUAGCGGAGCAGAUGGGGUGCAGAGCGGCGCCGACGGCGGACAGAAACCCGCGGAUGGUGGCGGAGCGGGGGUUUCCGCUCCCGCUGCUGGCGGAAAGAAGGUCCCGAGCGUCUCGCUGGAUGCGUUGGCCAAGGCGAAGAAGGCACUGCAGAUGCACAAGGAGCUCAAAGAAAAGCUCAAGAAGCUUCCUCAGCUGAGCAAGGCAGCGCCACCCGCAGCCGCCGUAGUCCCCACUGCAACAGCAGCCGCCGCUGCAGUCGCAGCAGCAGCAGCGGCCGCAGCAGCAGCAGCAAAGGGGCUACCAGCACCUGUGCCCGUGGUGGUACCUGUGGCUGUCCCUGGCGUCGGCAUUGUGCCCAUAGUCCCCGGCGUUGGUGCUCCUCCUGGUGCCGCCAUCCCAGGAACCAUUCUUACCCCAGAUGUAGCUGCGGCAGCAGCGGCAGCGGGGAGCAGCAGCAAGGUGACGCGGGCGCCGGUGCUGCGGUUGGAUGCGAUGGGGAGGGAGAUAGACGAGCAUGGCAAUGUGGUGGAGCGACCCAAGAUCGCCCCCGUCAGCACUCUCAAGGUGAACAUCAACAAGGCGAAGAAGGAGGCGUUCAAGAUCCUGCGCCCAGAGCUGGAGGAGGACCCCCAAGACAGCCCCUUCUUCGACCCGCGCAUGGCCAGCGAGCGCCUCAAGCUGCUGCGCCCUCGCAAGGCGUCCUUCCAGUUCGUGGAGGAGGGCACCUUCGCCAAGCAGGCUGAGACCAUGCGCAUGCGGGCGCAGUUUGGCAUGGCGAGGCAGAUGGAGAUGGCAGCGCGGCAGAGGGCCAAGGAGAGGGAGGCGGCGGAGGGGGGGGACAACCCCAACCUCGUGGAGGUGGGGCAGCGCCCCCUGCACCCCUCGGAGAAACCCAAGCCGCCCAUUCCCGACGUCGAGUGGUGGGACGCGCUCAUCCUGGCCUCGAACCAGUACCCUGAGGAGGGCGCUGCCGUGCCAGCAGCCCUCAAGGCGUCUAAGAUCACCAUGUACGUCGAACACCCCGUGCCCAUCGAGCCACCCGCCGAAGCCCCCCCGCCGCCGCCGCAGCCGCUGCGGCUGACCAAGGGCGAGCAGAAGAAGCUGCGGACGCAGCGGCGCGUGGCGCGGGAGAAGGAGCGGCAGGAGAUGGUGCGGCAGGGGUUGCUGGAACCUCCGAAAGCCAAGGUGAAGAUGAGCAACCUCAUGCGCGUGAUGGCUGCUGAAGCCACCCAGGACCCCACGAGGAUGGAGAAGGAGGUGCGUGCUGCGGCGGCGGAGCGAGAGCAGGCUCAUGUGGACCGGAAUCUCGCAAGGAAGCUGACUCCUGCGGAGCGGAGGGAGAAGAAGGAGAGGAAGCUGUUUGAGGAGACGUUAGGGGGAGGGGUGGGUGGCGGGGGUGAGACGCAUGUGGCGGUGUUUAAAGUGCGGCAUCUGCUGCACCCGCAGACGCGGUUCAAGGUGGAUGUGAACGCGCAGGAGAAUCGGCUCACUGGGUGUGCGUUACUGGCUGAUUCGUUUGUGUUGGUGGUGGUGGAAGGCGUGAGCAAGUCGGUUAAGAGGUACUUGAAGCUGAUGAUGAGGAGGAUUCACUGGGCGGAGGCAGUGGCUCCUGGUGCGGCUGGGGAGGAGGAUGAGGGAAUGGGUGAAGGUGGGUUGAAGAAGGAGAACAAGUGUGAGUUGGUGUGGCAGGGUACGGUGGCCCGAGCCGCGUUUGAGAAAUUUACAGUGGAGCAGUGUCGCUCAAGCGCUGCUGCCAGGAAGUUUUUGGAGGAUCGCAAGGUUGCACAUUUUUGGGACUUGGCGGAGAAUCUAU